GCUUUCUCUGAUGCUCCCCUGAUGUGCCCGCCGGCACCUCAGUACGCAUCCCUCUGGUUCCCCGAUGCGGCUGCCGGAGGAGCAGACGGAGGGAGGCCCCGAACGGGAUGGGCCACUGGAUGGAGCGACGCCCCCAGAAAGAGACUUGCCGCAGCAGGGUCCGGCACCCGACACCGAAUCCCCAGCCUGGGAGAAGAUGCCAUUCCACCACGUGACGGCAGGACUGUUGUACAAAGGGAAUUACCUGAACCGUUCGCUCUCGGCCGGCAGUGACAGCGAGCAGCUCGCUAACAUCUCCGUGGAGGAGUUGGAUGAAAUCCGCGAGGCCUUCCGAGUCCUGGACAGGGAUGGCAACGGCUUCAUCUCCAAACAAGAGCUGGGCAUGGCCAUGCGCUCCCUGGGUUACAUGCCUAGUGAAGUGGAGCUGGCCAUCAUCAUGCAGCGCCUGGACAUGGACGGAGACGGCCAGGUGGACUUUGAUGAGUUCAUGACGAUCCUGGGCCCCAAACUGGUGUCUUCGGAAGGACGGGAUGGAUUCCUCGGGAACACGAUAGACAGCAUAUUCUGGCAGGAGCCCAGCGCGCCCCCUCCCCUGUGUCCGCAGUUCGACAUGCAGAGGAUAACGCUGGAGGAGCUGAAGCACAUCCUGUACCACGCGUUCCAAGACCACCUGACUAUGAAGGACAUCGAGAACAUCAUCAUCAGCGAGGAGGAGAGCCUAAACGACACCGCGGGGAACUGCCAGACGGAAUUCGAAGGAGUGCACUCCCAGAAGCAGAACCGACAGACCUGCGUCCGCAAGAGCCUCAUCUGCGCCUUCGCCAUGGCUUUCAUCAUCAGCGUCAUGCUGAUCGCCGCCAACCAGAUCCUCCGCAGCGGCAUGGAGUAAGGCCUCCGCCGCCACCGACGACGACGACGACGACGACGACGACGACGACAACCCCGACAACCCUGGCCCGGGCCCCCCACCCCGUCCCCCGGGCCCGGGGAGGUGGACGCAGGCCAACCGGGUGGCCCGGCCGGGUGCGCCCACUCCUCCGUCGCCCGGGCAGGGACCUAAAGGGCUGGACCGGUUUUGGGUCCUCACGCAAUAAAUCCCCAGGAGUCCCGGGCUGGGGGAGGGGGCGGGUUCUGCUUCAUCGCCUCCCGCGGGGCCACCGCGGGGAGGCCCAGAGACGUGCCUACAGACAGGGAGACAUACCCAGAGACAUAGCCGACACGCCAAGACAUUCCCCGGGGGCAGAGCGACUUAGAGAGAGGCAGGGAGGCCUCAGCAUGCGGCCGACCUCUCCACCCUCCCGUGACCCUAACGGGCCUGAGCUUCUUUCCCGGUUGCCCGAACCCGGUCUUCCGACGGGCCCCGCAAAAGCCGCGUUAUUUUGCGCGGCCCCGCCCCGCGGAGGUCGCGGAGGCCGGACGUCGGGGCUGAAUUAGGGGGGGCCGGCCCGUAUGCCCCCCGACUGCCCCGCCGUCUGGGUUCUAGAAAGGCCCCCCCAGCUUCAGGCUGCCCUGUCCCGCUCCCCGGCCCACCGUCCAGUCCCGGACUGCCCGCCCCCCGGGGCCUCGCCGGACUCUUGUCCGCGGUUCUGAUGAUGAUGGCAUUCGUUAAGCGCUUACUAUGUGCAAGGCACUGUUCUAAGCGCUGGGGGAGGUUACAAGG